GGCAAAUACGCACCAGAGAAGCAUCAUUGCAUCAACAGAUGCUGCCGCACCAAUCCUUGUCUCAAUGGAGGAGUAUGUCAGGAGAUUUGUGACACUCAUAGCACCAGGUUUAACUGUACCUGUCCUAUCACAUACUCUGGUCAGCGAUGUGAGAAGAUGAAACAUCCGAGAAGCUGCAAAGACAUAGCUGAGAACGGUGCCUCGACAUCAGGAAAAUACGACAUCUACGAUUCAAGCAAUGAACGGUUUUCUGUUUACUGUGACUUGCAGUCUGAACCUGGCUUUGUAUGGACGUUAAUACAAUCGUUAUCCUUGUCCAAGAGAAAUGCCUUCAAUUAUACUGGGUUUGGCAAAAACUUUGAGAUUGAUAUUGAAGUGGGGAAAGUUAAUUGGAACGAGUUCCGACUAUCCUUAUCCCAGAUGCAGUAUCUUGCUAAUCACUCCACACAUCUGAGAGCAACUUGUAACUUUUCUACGGAUGGUCUGCAGUAUACGGACUACGCACGCGCUAAGCUGGCAGGUCAUGACAUUUUUGGUACCUGGAACACCUGCCAGAUGUACGAAUAUGUCAAUAUCCGAGGAAUCUAUUGUUCUAAUUGCACCGCCCUCACAAAACAGCAGGAAGAUGUGUCCUGGCACAUAAGGAGUUACAAUAGUACACAAUUCGGAUGUGAAUUUAAUGGAAAACCAGGUGGAGUCCCCAAUGAAAAAAAUUUCGGAAAAUUUCACAAGCUGUAUAUAAAUCCGGAUCACCGCUGCUCGUUUUCUCCUGCUUCUACAACGCAGCAUUGGUUUGGAGCUAAAUGUGACGUGUAACUUUUUGCGAAUUCAUUUUCUUUCAUAGUAAAGGAAACACAGCCAACUGAAAGCAAGAAAACAUCGGAGCAAGGCUAACAACUAACAAUGACAUCAUGUGCCUCCAAGUUUGGCCCAUUUAGGAGCUGAACUUGACCUAAACGUUUAUUAUCUCAGAUAGUUACACUACUCCUUUAUCACAGAAGAAUGUAGACAUGCACAAGGGCGACGUCAUAAGCAACCUUAGAUACGUAGCGUCCAUAUUUGAAUAGUUGAAAUAAGUAGGCGGUCUCUGUACAAACACUUUUUACCUGCACAUUCAUCUUUUCAUGUAAUGUUCAAUAGAUAGUACACUUACAUCUUAAAAGCCAAAGGUCGAUAAAAUUGGCCUUUUUUCGUAUUCGUCUAUGAAAACGCAUUCAGAGCUCACCAUUAGUUGAUUCAUGCAAAUUAUUUUCAAGCAAGUGACUAAUCGUAAGUUAAAAAAUGCUUGUGUCUAGAUUCAGAGAUGUUUAAAUAACUCUGUACGCUAUUAAUCUAAUUAUGACAUGUUUUGUAGUCGUAGGGCGAUAUUUUCUUGACUCAGUCAAUCAACUGUUUUCUCCUUACUGAUAAUUGAAAAUUAGCUUCGGCUUCGUUAGUUUGAUCAUUAGUAAAACCAAGCUUUAAGUUUAGGUUUCUUGAUUUCGCUUUAAAAAAUCCGCACAGUUAGGAGAAAUGGUAUUUACUUAGUGGCAGGGAGUUGUUAUCAAUUUCUCCUAAGUGAUAAAUAUGUACAGCUUUGCUUAAUUUUAAUAUUAGGGACUCGAUGCAUAACUGUGAGAAGCCCUCAACAGCCUCUCUUUCACAAGGACUAAGGUACUUAAAUGCUUCGUUAGGAUCACUGCUUACUUUAUAACAUUGCAAAUUUGUUCAUAAAACAAUUUUUGAAAUGUUCAAAAUGUAGGAGAUGAAGUAGGUAUAGUAGUUGGAUCAGAUGUUUGUCAAGAAAAGCACCAGUGAAGUGUAAAGGUUAUUUAGGAUUGUUGCACAUAAUGUGAGACAUCAUCUUAUUAUAGCAUCAUUCCAGACUUUUCCUUAAAGCUUGUGGAUUUACAGCGAUAUUACACUGUUGGACGCGCUGGCAAUACAUUAUUAAAUACAAAUCCAAGUGACGAUGAAGUUAUAUUCUAGUUAUAAAGUUCAUUAUUUGAAAUCUACGUUUCCGAAGUUUGAAACGUUCAAUGAUAAAAUUGACGAUUUUAGAAGCUUUUAAAGUUAUGCCAUUUUCCCCUCAAAAGUGGUAUUCGAAUUGCGCGAAAAAACCGCUGACGUCACUUUGGUAACAUAAAAUCGAAUUCAGUAUGGCGAAUAGUAUGAAAGAUACGCGGCAACGAGGGCGAUAUUGUGUUGCUGGUGCCCCGGCUCUGAUCAGCAAAGCUCUCAGAAUAUAUCGUUCCGCCACCGGGCAUAGAAUGUUUCAGUUCCCGAACGAUCCCGACUGUGAGAGGAAAAUGGGUGAAAUUUGUCCGCAGACAAAGGCACGAUCUUAACGAUCCAACUUGGCCGUAAACGUCGCUUUGUUGGGCAAAUUUUGAAGUAUUAUGCUAUGAGUGAAACUUUUCCAUAUUAAACAGCAUGAUGAAGGCCCAAGAGAUGAAGAUGAGACGCUUUUUGAGAAACGACACUGUGCCAACCAGGGACACUAGUUUUGUGUUUCUGUACCGUUUCCUUAAAUUGUUUUUCUAUUUUUUUCUCUUUGCAUACUAAUACUGCUUAGAAAAGUCACUCCAAAAAUUCAGCUCCUUUAAUGUACAAAUAACUUAAAAGAAACCCAGUUGAAAUAUCAUCAAAGGUGGCGGAUGCAAAAGUAAGGAUAAGUGAGGUAAUUUCCAAUUGGACAUAGCAUAAUAUAUCUGGAUCGCCAUGUACACUGUACCUUAGAUUCUCAUUUUAAUCUCGGUCAAUUUAUUUAUAUCAGAUAUUUAACCUGUCAUCGAGAUAUUCGACCCCGGAGAACGAUGGCCCCUUCGUCAAUAAGUAUUACGUAAUCGCUUUCGCGUCAAAAGAAGAGAACACUUUAAGGCGCUGGUUAAGAUCUUGCCGAACGUCUUAAGCGCCGUUUAUACUGCGUUCCACCAUAGUACGAUCACGUACCUAUUCAUGAUUUUUUGCCUUUUCCCUACGUGUACUCUGAUUGCUAGGAACUCAUUUUUAAAUGUCUUAGUAUAAUUAUUAAGAUAUCCAACUAAUUUGUACGUUUUUAAGGUCCGCCAUGAGUGUUUUUCGCUAUCUACGCGCGAUGUUGUUGGUAUCUCAGCUCACUCAGACCAAUAAGGCGCAGCCAACAGUAAAUUGUCAAAACUCAUAAUCACAUUCUUGAGGGGCACGUGUUUCAAAGAUUGACAGUCCACAGCGCCACCCAGUGUCACGUGAAGUGCUAAGAUGACUGCCUGUGGGUAUCCAUGAAUUAUUUCCCUCUGUUCAAAGAAAAUAACUGUGAGCUCAACGACACUAACAAAGACGCAGAAAAAGCUGCAAUGAUAUGGAGGAAAUUAUUAUGAUUUGGUGAGAAGCUAGACGGUGAAGGAGAGAGGUAGAAUCGUUUGCUGUUGAUAGAAUUGCCUUAUUUAUUUAUUUUUUUGUUACUUACAUUUUUAUCACAACAUAGCGCGCGCGCAAGGCCUACCUAUAUCCUAAGGGAGCUACCAUGAUAAAAAUCAUUAUUUAUCAUAUAAACUACGAUGUUAUACAAGGAUCUGUAGCUCUGACAAAAGCCGUAAGAACACACGUGAAAAAAUACGAUAUUUUUUCACGUGUGUUUGAUAACGCCAAUCAGCUGCUGACACAUCACUCGCCUUUCGCGUCACUCGGCCAGGUUGAUAAAUGAACGGUAAAGCCCUCAACAUUCUCAAUACAAGGUAGUUUGUCCGCAGAACUUUCUCGGAUUAUGGCGGCUAAAACAUUUAAAAAUUUCGUACAGCUUACAGGGAGUGACGUUCAAACUUUCCUAGAAGGGAAAGAAAACCAAUAUAUGAAAAGAAAAACCCAAAGUUACGUAUUCAGUGACUUUGGUAAUGGCCUUUGUCGUGGCUGAGAACGGAAAUCGACAACUGGAAGAUUUGUCACAGGCGGAUUUUGGCUGUGUGCUUGAAAGACUUCUUCUGUCGGUAAGUAAAAAGUCAAUAGAUGAGAAUUUUGUAAAUUUAAAAUUCCGCCCAUUGUUGUUUUUGUAAUCACGAUUCAAAGCAUUUUUUCAUCUUGAGCCUUAGCGCCAACGCACUGUACGAUUGUCAAUUCUUCAAUUUAUUUUCUUUCAUUAUUGAAGUUAGCUUUUUUCGUCACUAAAGCGCUAUUGUGUUUAUAUGAUAAACAAAAUAAUACAUGGUCGCUUGUAGAUAAGAAAUUUCCCUCUGAGUGUUCAACUCGACAUUUCAUAUCGACGCGCGCCCAUGCAUUUUUCUCUAAAAAUAGUGCACGUCUGUGCAUCCAUAACAUGACUUGUGCAGUAUCACUUCGGCUAAAAGUCCUGUCGAGUUUAGCGGCGAUAAUUCAAAACUAUCAGUUAAGACUAUUUUUCCGUUCUAUCCCUAUUGAGAUAGACCUUUGUAGCUCAAAAUGAAAACAAAAUAUGCUGAAUAAGACUGGUUUCGAGAAACAAUAAGCAUUUCUUCUUCUCUUCAAGCGACGAAAUUAGUUUCGGAGUUGACAAUACUUUAUUCACAAACGCGAUGGGAAUUACGGCUGAAAACAGAACUGAGUAUUCUGACUUCAACUGAGGCUUUGCGACGCUGGGGACUCUUCAUUACAACGGAAAAUAUUACUUUGAAGCAUUGUUAUUUACCAAAGUUUUGUUCAAUAGAAGAUUUUGUUUUGAAAUCGUACAAUUUUCAGAAUUUUUAACUCAAAGUCAAACAAUUUUCAGGUUGUAAAUUUUGGUAAACAACAAUUCAAGCAGCGUAAACCUAUCACAAGUGUCUCGUAGAUGCGAGACAUCUGUAAGUUUUUGCUCAGCUUUUUGAAUAGUUGAUAUCAGUUUUGAGGGUUCAUAUAUAUCUCCUAAAAGUAUUAUUAAAUAGCAGAUUUUAAUUUUAAAAACCGUGCAAUUAUUUCAGAAUUUUCAAAAUCUUCAACAUAAACCUACGCAAUUUCUGGCCUUGAAUUCUAGUAAACAACGAUUCAAGCAUAGUGAAUCUACUACGUGCUCUCGUAAAUGCAAGAAAUUCGUUCGUUUUUUGCCUCUGAGCAGAAAAUGUUCAAUUCUUUGAAUAAAGAUUUGGUCUCGAAAUAUUUCUUGCUCGUUUUUACCUUUUCAUUUAUUCAUAGUUUUCAGGUAGAACAUGAUUACCUGGUAAAUCGGACAUAGUUGAAAUAAACUCUAUUUUAUCGAGCACAACUUGUGUCUGCAUGCUACGUUAUAACGAAAUUUUUUCAGUUCAUACUUUAGCUGUGCGUGUAUCGAGUUAUGAAUGCACUUGGGAAGUUUGAAGAGAACUCAAGCAACUCUUACCCUUCUCUCGUGCUCUUAAAACUUAUAUCCUGCGUGCAUCUCUAACUUGAUAUACGCACGUUAAGCAUGUAGCAAUUCUUUAUUGUACGUCACCCGCCCCUCCCCUCAAAUUCACUUAUGAAUAUCUGCACCGCUGGACUUUACUUUAAUCAAAGAAUAGUUUUAAGAAAAAGUUCAUUUUCAAUUAGGGUGAGGAAGCUACAUUCCAGAUAAUAUCGCGGCGUUAAUAGACGCUGCAGUCAGAAUCCCUGCCUCAAUGGAGGAGUAUGUUAGGAGAUUUGUGACAAUCACAGCCCCAGGUUUAACUGUACUUGUUCUUACAAAUACACUGGUAAGCGUUGUGGUCAGAUUACACAUCCAAGAAGCUGCAUAGCUAACAACGGGGCCUCGCAAUCAGGAAAAUACGAUGAUUCAGCCAAUAAACUGUUUUCUGUUUACUAUGACUUGCAGUCAGAACCUGGCUUUGUAUGGGCAUUGAUACAGUCGUUAUCCUUUGCCAAUGAGGCCACAUAUAAGGAUAAGGGGUUUGGCACGGAUUUCCCCGUGAAUGACAAUAGCAAUGAACCGGACUGGAACUGUUACCGCUUUUCCUUAUCACUUAUGCGGUCUCUCUCAAACCACUUCACACAUCUGAGAGUAACAUGCAACUUCCCUGCAGAUGGCCUGCGGUGUACGGACUACGCACGCGCUGUUCUGGCAGAUCAUUACAUAUUCGGUGACUGAGGUGGAGAUUGAAAACUGUUUAAGUAUAUUAACAUCCGUCGUAUUAACUGUUCUGAUUGCACCACCUACACAAGAAUGAAUCUUAAUGGUGCUUAGUUCGUUAACAGUUUAAAAAGCAAGGAGAAAGAAUGCGACUUUGAUGGAUCUGUAGGAGCCGUUGACAACGAAAAUAAUUUUGGACGGUAUCAUUCCGGAGCGAUAAAUAGGAAUCACCGCUGCUCCUCUUCGGAUUCUUCUUCAACGCAGUACUGGUUUGGGGUUAGACAUGAAUAGGUUAUUCUAAGUUCCAAUAAUCUACUAAAGCUAGAAUGAGUUGUGAGUAUUAGAUAAGGUUUUUGUUUUCUUUAAGGAUUCUGACCUUUUUUGGUUGUGGUUGCUUUUUGUUUUGCUUUGUUUUGUUUCUUUUUUCAUAAACGGCCUUUGGUUUCUCGAAAAUUGUCUGUUUUGAAAUCGAAGAAAUUGAUUUUGAGUCUCGUUACCGUUCCACUUCCGUUACCAUUACCGUCAAACCGUAACUAUAAAGACAGCCAAUCAAAACAAAAUAUGAUAUCACGGGAACCAUUCAGAAUUCAAAGACUAACAAGCAAACCGUUGUAAUCUGUGAUUGUUUUUAGCUUUGCAUUGCUUAGGUAGAAGAUUAGCCCGAGCUUUAUAUACCAAAAAUGCAAAGCUAAUGCAAUCCUGGCUCCCUUUUGAAGCAUAAAAACAAGAACAAAAUUGCGCUGUGAUAGUAGUUUAAUAAUAAUUCAUGGCUAGAAUACGUAAGCUACAAUACGAAUAUGUUCAAAUACGCCCUAGGAACCUUAAAAAACUUAUAUCUGUAACAUACACAAUAUAAUAUAACAUAACAUGGUUCGAAAUUAAAUUAAAAAGCCUAAAAAAUUGAAAUAUGUUAUCUUCAGGAGUUAGAACAACCAAGGGUAAAGACCAACUGGGGUCUUAGUUGCUAUUCAACUAAGUUGCAUAGCUUAAGACGAAGACUGAAUUGCAUAGUUUCACUAAGUUUGUUUGUAUAGGAUUUGAUAGCUAUAGGAAGGGGCAUCAUCACAUUUUAUUUAAUCACCUGAAUGCUGUUUCAUCAAUUUACAUACCCUUAGAUAUUACUUUGUUAUUUUUAUUUAGAGAGAAAGAGAAAUUUGUGGUAAAAUAACUCGAAAACCGAUCUCUUCUGCAGCCUUGUAGAUACAUCUCAGGAGUCAGCAGGAUGAUAGAAGUCCACUUUCAUAAAUUUGCACAAAGAAAUCUUUACAUCUUUGAAGUCGAAAACGACUCACUUUGUAUCUGUUGUCAAGAGGAAGAGUUUACCAUGUACCUGGUUGAAGGAUUUGGAAAGUGGUUUAAUGAUAAAAUGCCCUCUCUUUCUCACCAACCGGCUUCAGUCAAAAUUGUCAUUUAGGAAAGUCCCUUUCGAGACUGAUCUAAUUACAAAAACUUCGAAUUUCUCCUUCUUCUUUGGCUAAUUACUAUCAAGCCUAGCUUGACCGUCCAGUUUUGUGUAACAUUAGUGUACAGAUUUGCUUGUGAAUAUUAUGAAAAUAAAGGAAACUUCGUAUAACGAAACUAUAAAGGAUUACUCAGUUAUUAGAUGAUUUCGAAAUUUUUACUUUGUUAUUGUGAGUUUCUGUGUUUUUGUUAAAGCUUGAAGUUAUAGGAAGUUAUUUUAUUAUUUCUUUUGUAUUUUUAGGAUGAAAUAAGUUGCCAUCCACAACCGAGUGUAAAAUGGUAGCUUAUCUAAGAUAAUUAUAAUUUUUAUUGGGGAAACCAGAAGGCCCCCUUAAAGCUAAAAAAAUAAUGACACAAUCUCUAUCGUUUUCUGUUAAAGAAGCGGCUACAUCCCUCACCGACAAAACAUUGAUCUAAUUCAACUAUUUACGAUUAUUUCUGGCUUCUAAAUCAAGCAUACUUACUUAAUAAGUUAGAGAGAAGCAACGAAAACUAAAAAUUUAACGACGUAACAUUUGUGAAGGUUUUUCAUUGCAAAAUGAUCUCAUUACACUAAUUUCCAUAACAAAUUACGAUGUUUGAUUUACAGUACUCGUGUUUAUUUUGAAUUUCUGCCAUAUACAGAUUCUUUUUCAUGAAGUUUUUCAAACGAGUACGUACUGUUUAUUAUCGGUUUGGCACGGACGAUCAUUUUACGGCCUGGGUGCCUGUCUUACGUCUGGGGUGGAUGACUGCAGAAAAAAAAGACAUCAACAAUAAUGCCUGGAGAAACAGUAAAAUUGCUUCGGGUUGUAUUCUAGUUCAGCGUUAUUAUUAUUAAUACUUCUAGUUUUGAUCCCUAGUAGACUCCUCGAUGGUGAAGUCUGACCUUAAUCUCUCCUUCUCUAGUUGACGCUUUUAAACUGUGAAUGGAUGGCAUGCGUUCUUGGAUAAUUCAUAUCAUUCGGUUCUUGUUCAAAAUUUACAUAAUGUGAGGAAGUAUCAAUGAUAACAAGUGUCUAAUAUUAUCAUCUAUGUUCCUUAUUUGCACAUCUUUCUAGAGAAGGGUCAGCGUUUGAGAAAGAUUUUGUGAUAUUUUAUCAUUUUUUCAUGCAAAUUUUUAAAUUCAUGAGUGAAACUUUACACAUCGUUGGGCCAUUGAAACUUCGAAUGAAAUAUCACUGGCAAAGUGUGUUGAUCAAAACAAGUUAGACAAAUAACAACCGGGUCAAUUAUUGGUUUUUGCUUGAAAAUAUAGAUAAGUUGAGUGUGUAACGAACGUAAAACUUUCCAUCACUUAUCAAUUACAACGUGGAAAAAUAGCCUCGGGGGCCCAUUUCCACAUGCAAGCUUACGUUCAGGGUAUUAACUCAUCUUAGGUUUUUCCAAGCAGCAGUUAACUGAUGCAACAAUCAUGUUAGUGUAGUCACCUCGGGUUAACUCGAACAGGCACCUCAAUGACUUCAACAGCUUUCCCUCGUUCAUCUCUGAUUCAUGGCCAAGAGAUAAUUGUGAAGGUGAUUAUGACAAUUAUAGAUAAUUAGGGAGCUAUGUGCCUUAUUUUGCUACCAUUCGUUUGUUACAUGUGAUGUGUAAGGAUGACUGCUUGUAUAUAUAAUCAUUAUUCCCUCGGUUCAAAUCAAGCAACUGAGAGCUCAAUGAUGCCAAUCAAGAUAUGAAGCCAUUAGCGAUGAAAUUUAGAGAAGGAAGAAAUUACCAUAAUCAGGUGAGGAGCUACACUGUGCCAAAGAUGUGGUAAAUUUAAGUUGUUUAGUCUAUUUUAUUCAAUUUACUAGGCAGACGAAUAUCCUGAAGUGAUCUGCUCUGUCAAAAGUGGAAUUCUUAUCAUGAAAAUCAAAUAAAACAGGCUAUAGUAAAUUUCUGCCCCUUGCUUUCAAGCUCUUUUAUGUGGGUAGCUUUUCUUCUUAACUCGUCAAAAUAUCGGUUCUCUUGGCAAAAUGAGGCCAAAACUGACGCCCUUUUACCAUUAAUUUUAAAAAUUAAAAAGUUUCGGAACAUUACACAUUAAUAGUCACCGCGACAGAAGGGCUACCAUGUUCGAAAGUCGAACUUGACGGGGGGUCUUCAUAUUUUGAAAAACAUUGCGAUUCUUAUUUAAAACACCUUUUAAAGCUGCACUUAUGAACCUAAAUAAUUCACUUAAGUUUUUCUAGUUUUUCGGUUUAUUGACUACAAUAUUUAAUUUUUUCCACUUCGGUGAAUAAUUACUAACUGGCUCUACAGUCAGAACUUAUGUGUUUUUACAGUCAACGGAUACAACAUAAGAUCAGAGUUUGUUAGCUGACUGGUCUGUAUUCUAUUUCUUUUCUUAAAGCUGGAAAAGAAACCAGCCAUACGGUUGCGAAAUUUAUAGGUGUAGCGAAACUCGAGAUAUUAUCAUUCAUCGAUGGAAGGAAAGCUUACUUUAAGAGCUUUCAUUAAUAUUGUAUAUCCUAUACUCCUAUGGUAAAAAAAUAAAAUGCGACCCUUUUUAAAUAUUCAAGUGUGAAUAAUACAUUCCAAAUCGUUCUUAGAGUUGACUUUGUAGAGUACAGAGAUUCAUAAGUGCAUCGCUGAAAGAGGAUCUUUUAACAACUGAUGGUGGGUAGAGUUUCCCUUUUUUGGUUUUGUAACGCAAAACAUUUUGAGACGUCUCUUAUUUUCAAAACGCUUUUUUUAAUAAAUGACACACACGAAACUUUUGAAAGUUUUACGUUUCAAGAAACACUCCUUAAACUUGGGCGAUUUGAUACAUGAACGUCAGUCUUUGAUAAAGUUCAUUGCAGCGGCUGUUUCACUGAGAUUUUAUAUACUUCGACAUUUAGCUUUGCAUUCAACUAACUGCAACCGACAUACUUUUAAUCAGCAAUUACUCGUUCGUGUAUUUUUUUGUAUAUCAGUUCCAUUUGCCAAUAUAUCUCCCUCCAUUGUAACCUGGGCAAUGAAGAGACAUCCGCAUUUGAGCUGACAAUCAAUUCUUUAUAAACUGUGUUCAGCUUAGGCUAAACUGCAGGGAACGUUUACGGCUCCUUUUGUAGAGCAUUCCUAACACAAACCGUCGAGGAGCAAUUUCGUUUGGGCUUGAAUGUUUGCUUAGUCUUCUUUUCAAAAUUCCGUAAAUAUGUGAUUCUGUAGUGAAGAUCGACUUUACAGCGAGACGGAUACACUCUUUUCAGUCUUUCAAAACGUUUACUGACUCAGAAGAAGGUCUCAAUAUGGUAAUGGCUCUUUCGGCUAACGAAUAAAAUUUUGGCAAUUUACUGCUAACUAUUAUUUUCUUUCCGUCGCAAUUAAGCAAGAGACCCAAAUAUCUAUAUGUUUCGUUCCAAAUUACCCCAUGCUUAUCAGAAAUAACCAUGCAUCUUUUUUUUUUCUUCACAUUAGUAGUGCUAUUGCUAUGGGCAUCGUACAAUAUCUCCAAGUCGUGCUGUUUGUAUUCCAUUUGACCCUCUCCACUGAGGCACAGAAAAAAGUAACUUGUCAAAACUUCAAGUUUGCUAUCGAUGACGAUGUCAUCCAUAACCAAAUUCUUGAGGGUCACGUGUUUGAAAGAUUGACAGUCCCAAACGCCAUCCAGUGUCACUUGAAGUGCAAAGAUGACUGCCUGUGUGUAUCCAUGAACUAUUUCCCUCUUUCCAAAGAAAACAAUUGUGAGCUAAACGACGCUAACAAAGACAUGGAGCCAACGGCGAUGAAAUGGAGGCAAGGGGGAAAUUAUUAUGAUUUGGUGAGAAGCUACACGGUGAAGGUGAGAUAAGAUUAUUUUUCUAAUUCCUUAUUCAUUUAUUUUUUAACUUUCUUAAAUGAAGUAAAUAUCCCAAGAUGUUCAAGUUCGUAAAUAAAAUAAAUAUUUCCGCAUGAUCAAGUUUUGCGGUACUCCUUAAAAAACAGUUGUGUUAUAUGUCAGUCCGGGCCAAAGACAAUUUUGUGCAUACCGAUCAUUCUGCGAUAUGAUUGAUCUAGACAAAACUAAAACAAACUGAUUUGGCUAAGAGAGGAUUGGGUUCAUUCUCUUCCUCGCAAAUUUUUCUCAUAAAGGCCGUGUUGUAAUGCGAAGGGAACGGCAGAACAGAAGUGACUACAAAUUUCAUAAAGACAUCAUUGACUUUACCAUUGUUGUAUUACUGCAUUUCAAAUCUAAUUUUGAUGGAUAUUUCAUCUCCAUUCUGGCGCCCCGCUAUGUGUUGUAGGCACUCGUACUUUGCUCGCACUGUUUGUUAUCGAUUCGAUCCGUUUCCGGUGAGAUUUGUCGCCGGUUGCUAAAGCGCACAUGCCAACCUAAUUCGGUGAGCAUGGUAAGCUAAAAAAUCUUUCGAAUGUUGCUGUAGGGUAGAGACAAAUACACACCAGAGAAGCAUCAUUGCAUCGACAGAUGUUGCCGCACCAAUCCUUGUCUCAAUGGAGGUGUAUGUCAAGAGAUUUGUGACGCUCACAGCAUCAGGUUUAACUGUACCUGUCCUAUCACAUACUCUGGUCAGCAGUGUGAGAAGAUGAAACAUCCGAGAAGCUGCAAAGACGUAGCUAAGAACGGUGCCUCGACAUCAGGAAAAUACGACAUCUAUAAUUCAGACAAUGAACGGUUUUCUGUUUACUGUGACUUGCAGUCUGAACCUGGCUUUGUAUGGACGUUAAUACAAUUGUUAUCCUUGUCCAAGAGAAAUGCCUUCAAUUAUGCAGAGUUUGGCAAAAACUUUGAGAUUGACAUUAGAGAGGGGGAAGUGAAUUGGAGCGAGUUCCGACUAUCCUUAUCACAGAUGCAGUCUCUUGCUAUUUACUCCACACAUCUGAGAGCAACUUGUAACUUUCCUACGGAUGGUCUGCAGUAUACGGACUACGCACGCGCUAAGCUGGCAGGUCAUAACAUUUUUGGUACCUGGGACACCUGCCAGAUGUACGAAUAUGUUAAUAUCCGGGGAAACUCUUGUUCUAAUUGCACCGCCCUGAAAAAACAGCAGGAAAAUGUGUCCUGGCACAUAAGGAGUUACAGAAGCACACAAUUCGGAUGUCAAUUAGAUGGAAAACCAGGUGGAGUCCCCGAUGAAAAAAAUUUCGGAAAAUUUCACAAGCUGUAUAUAAAUCCGGAUCACCGCUGCUCGUCUUCUCCUGCUUCUACAACGCAGCAUUGGUUUGGAGCUAAAUGUGACGUGUGA